AUGCCGGCUAUCGACGUUACCAAUGGCGGGGGAGAUGCCGCUUCCGUGAAGCCCAUCGACGCUACCGAGGCAUACAGAGGCAAAUAUCCAAUCGCGUAUGAGCAAUCUAAGCUUCCAUUUGACACUCCAAGGCGCUUGAAAGUUAUUGCCGUUGGUGCUGGUGUCAGCGGAUUGUCGCUGGCACACGUGGUCGAAAGUGGGCAGCUUCAAAAUGUGGACCUCCAAAUUCUCGAGAAGAAUGCAGGACUAGGAGGAACUUGGUUUGAAAACCGAUACCCAGGGUGCGCAUGCGAUAUUCCAUCUCAUAACUAUCUGUUUACCUGGGCACCAAAUCCGAAGUGGUCAUCCUUCUAUGUCUCGGCACCGGAAAUUCUGCAAUACCUUGAGGACGUUGCCAAUCGAUUUGGACUGAGAAAAUACAUUCAAACGUGCCGGAAGGUGACUGGCGCGCGUUGGGAUGAAGGAAAACAGAAAUGGCUAGUAACCAGCAAACAGACUGACGGUCGCCGUACUGUUGCAUCGGCUAAGGGGGAUGGAGAGGCCGGCGAGGACAUUGUCGAGGAAUGUGACGUUUUUAUCAACGCCAGCGGCUUGAUGAACAAUUGGAGGUGGCCUGACUUGCCCGGCCGUGAGGAGUACCAAGGUAUUCUUGCUCACAGCGCAAACUAUGACCCUCAGCUGGAUCUUCGAGGUAAGAAGGUCGCGAUCAUCGGCAACGGAAGUAGUGGCAUUCAGAUCACAGCAGCUGUACAAAAGGUUGCUGGCCACGUUUCGGCUUACAUUCGAUCGCCUACCUGGGUCACUGCUAAUUUGGGCUCCCGCUUUAUUGGGCAAGGGGUUCCCAAUCUCACAUACGAUGAUGAACAGCAGAAGGAGUGGGCCGAGAAGCCAGAAGAAUACUUGAAACUCCGAAAGGAAAUUGAGCAGGAACUCAAUUUUCGAUUCCCUCUAUUUGUUCGAGGUACACAAUUCCAACAGAUGGCUAGGGAGUUUACGACUAAAGACAUGCGUGCAAAACUCGAGAAAAAGCCCGCCCUGGCUGAUAUUCUCAUUCCCUCUUUUGCACUUGGAUGUCGCAGACCAACACCAGGUUCAGGUUAUCUCAAUGCCCUUUGUGAGGACAACUGCGAGGUAGUAUGGGGAGAGAUUGAUUCAUUCACGAAGACCGGAUUAAAGUCCAAAGAUGGUAAAGAGCGUGACUUUGAUGUCAUAAUUGCUGCCACAGGAUUUGAUUUAUCUUUUGUACCGCGGUGGCCGAUCAUUGGUGAAAAUGGCGUCAAUCUCCAAGAGUCCUGGAGAAAGAAUCCCGCUUGUUAUCUAUCUGUUCUAGCACAGGAUAUGCCGAACUAUUUUGUGUACAUGGGACCUGGAUGUCCUGUUGGACAUGGAAGCAUGAUCACAUCGAUCGAGCGCAUCACACUCUACAUUGCGGACUUGAUCAGGAAAUUGCAGACCGAAAACUAUCAUUCUUUCCGACUUCGAGAGGGAAAAGCUGCCUCAUAUCAGUUCCAGAUGUUAACUUGGUUGGAGAAGACCGUUUGGGGUGAUGAUUGCCAGAGUUCGUUCAAGAAUGGGAAGAAAGAUGGCGGGUUGCACGCAUUCCAUCCAGGAUCACGGCUGCAUUAUUUUGAGCUACUUCGGCGCCACAGGUACGAGGAUAUGGAUUGGAAGAGCCGAUGCUCUGACCCAAAACUUGACUUUGCCUGGCUCAACAAUGGAUUUUUGGCCCAUGAGCUUUCAUCAGAGGCUGAACAAGUGGAUCCAACUUGGUAUCUUAAUAAAGACAGCAAGUCCCUUUCGAGAUUCGUUAAUGCGGCUGACAUGUCGGAGGCUGUCCCCGAGUAA